AUGGAGAACGGCACAGAGGGCAAGGACUUCUACGUCCCCAUGAACAACAGGACGGGGCUUGUGAGGAGUCCUUUUUAUUAUCAUCAGUAUUAUUUGGCUGAUCCAUGGUUUUUCAAGUUUCUUGCUCUCUACAUGUUCUUCCUGAUCUGCACUGGCUUCCCCAUCAAUUUUUUGACACUGUUGGUGACAGCGCAGAACAAGAAACUCCGGCAACCUCUCAACUUCAUCCUGGUCAACUUGGCAGUGGCUGGACUUGUCAUGGUGUUCUUUGGAUUCACAGUGUGCUUCUACUCUUCUCUCAUGGGAUAUUUCGCCAUGGGACAGUUGAGCUGUGCCAUUGAGGGAUUCAUGUCCACCCUUGGAGGUCAAGUGUCCUUGUGGUCACUUGUGGUUCUGGCUAUUGAGAGAUACAUUGUGGUCUGCAAACCCAUGGGUAGUUUCAAAUUUACAGCCACUCAUGCUUCAGCAGGAUGUGCAUUCACCUGGAUAAUGGCCCUAUCCUGUGCUGUUCCACCCCUGGUUGGAUGGUCAAGGUACAUCCCUGAGGGUAUCCAGGUCUCCUGCGGCCCUGAUUACUAUACUCUGGCCCCUGGCUACAACAAUGAAUCAUAUGUCAUGUACUUGUUUACCUGCCACUUCAUGGUUCCCGUUUUCACCAUCUUCUUCACUUAUGGAAACCUUGUGUGCACAGUGAAGGCGGCUGCAGCUCAGCAGCAGGACUCAGCAUCCACCCAGAAAGCUGAGAAAGAAGUCACUCGUAUGUGUAUCCUGAUGGUCUGUGGCUUCUUGGUGGCCUGGACACCAUAUGCUAGCUUUGCUGCAUGGAUCUUCUUUAACAGGGGAGCUGCUUUCUCAGCCACAGCCAUGGCUAUCCCUGCCUUCUUCUCCAAGAGCUCAGCACUGUUCAACCCUAUCAUCUAUGUGCUGAUGAACAAGCAGUUCCGUAACUGCAUGUUGAGCACUAUUGGAAUGGGUGGUAUGGUGGAGGAUGAGACCUCAGUAUCUACCAGCAAGACAGAAGUGUCCUCUGUCUCUUAA